AUGCUUCCUCCGUCCGAGUCCGUCCUCCAUCAGGUCCACAAAAUCGCCGAACCGCAAAAUGGUCCUGAGAAUCCUGAAGCCGCUACUCCUCCACCUCCAUACUCCCCUCCUGUUCACGGUCUCCCCAAACAAAUAGACGGUGAAAGUUCCCUCCAAUGGGCGACACCCCGCCCGAUAGCCAUCCAUAUCGACGCGUCCAUCAGCGUCCUAGGAAACGCAAACAGCAUCAUCCUCCCUUCCAUCCCAGCAACAUCACCACCAUCGUCACCUUCAUCAACCCCCAUACUCCAAUCAGCACAGCGAAAUCGACAGUCAAAACUAACAGAUAUGGCCACAUCCAUUAUCGCUGCUCUCCAUCGCACGGGACUACUUAAUCUCACCAAUGAAUCCCUGCAAUCUGUCAUGGUCAACAUCAACACGGGGAUUAAGGUACAGGGCGCGAGGAAUGUGAUUUGUCUGGGUAGUGGGUUUGUGGGUAGGAAGAUUCCGACAGAACAAGGCCAUGAACGAGAGGAAGAGUAUGUUGGUCAUGUUGGGAGGAAGAGACGGGCUCGGUCUGAGCCUCUGGAAUCAUGCACUGGGAAGAAGGCGCGUCGGUCUUCUUAGGGAAGGAGUGAAUCGAGAUCGUUGAACUUGUCUCAUUUCUCUCUAUUCAUUCCUUUGCUUGGUCUGCUAUGGUUGAGUUGCUUUAUUUUUUCGGUUG